GAAAAUUCUGUCAAUCAAAAAUCGUAGACUAGCAUGUUUGUGUGACCGUGUAAACUAAAAGUGGAGCUUCUCGGAUCCUUACGAAAGCUAAAGGCGACCCUAAGAUCCGUAUUCGAGGCCUUCCACGUGAUUCCAGUCCGUCGAUGAGCGUCUCGCGAAGUGAAAAGCCGUGCGCUUCAGGCUGCAGAUGACCUCUUGACCCCGUCGGCAGGAAGCUAGUCAGACCAUGGCCGCUGGUGCUGCAGUCGGGGAGGGUCAGAUCCAACGGAUUAUCAGAGAUCUGCAUGAUGCUGUAUCAGAACUGACAAAGGAGUAUAGGGAGAACGGCGAGCCCAUUACGGAUGACAGCUCCAAUCUGCACAAGUUCUCCUAUAAACUGGAAUACCUGCUUCAGUUUGACCAGAAGGAGAAAACGACAUUUCUGGGAUCCAGAAAAGACUACUGGGAUUACUUCAGUGACUGCCUGGCCAAAAUAAAAGGAGCGAACGAUGGAAUCCGAUUUGUUAAAUCAAUAGCAGAGCUGAAGACAUCUCUGGGUAAAGGCAGAGCAUUUAUCCGUUACUCACUCGUGCAUCAGCGGCUGGCUGACACACUCCAGCAGUGCCUCAUGAACCACAGGGUCACCAGUGACUGGUAUAAUUCCCGGAGUCCAUUUCUCAAACCUCAUCUCAGUGUGGACAUAAUUAAUUACCUCUAUGAGCUGAAUGAUGUUCAAUUUGAUGUGGCAUCCAGGGGUCAUGACCUUGAUUCGGAAUGGCCCACUUUUGCAAGGAGGACACUGGGAAUGACUAGCUCCCCCAGUCACACUUGGAAACCACCGAGUCGUAGUUCCAGCAUAAACAGUCUAGCCAGCACAUACUCACAGCAGGCCCAUGAAUUCCCUGGGAGUCCAGACUUUGGACCUGGGCUUCUAUCAGACAUGUCUGUCCAAAACUCCAGUGGACUAAAUGAUUCUUCCAUCAGUGCUAUAGAUGAGCUCCGUCUGGAGCUGGACCAGUCUGAAUUAAAGCAAAGAGAUCUCCUCGAUCAGGUUCAGCAGUUAGGCAGUGAAGCGGGUGAACUCCGUGGGGUUGUGGUUGAACUUCAAAGGCAGCUGGACGUCUCUUUAGCUGCCCAAGGUAACCAUCAGGAGAUUCAGCGGAAACUGGAGAUGCUCGCUGAGAGCGAACGAGCACUAUCCCAUGAACUAGUGGUCUUGAGGGGACACGAGUCUGUCAGGGAGGCAUCCUAUAAGGACCUCCAAGACAUGUUGGCAGUCGCAGAGCGUAAAAAUGAGGAAUUGAUGGCAAGGCUAGAUGGAGUAUUGGAUGAGAAAGGCCAGAGGGCAGCCAGUGACUUCAACUCUGCCCAAAAGAUUCAUGAGCUGUUAAAUGAAUUGAAAGAGGCUGAGAAGGGAAGGAUAGAUGCUCUGGCAGAAGGAGAAGAAAGGAGGAGGCAGACAGAACAGCUGGCUGAGAAAGUCAAAAUGAAGGAUGAAGCACUCAAAGAGGCUGAGGUAAAAAUGGCAGCUUGGAUGAUGAAGGGUGAACAACUGCAAACAAGGGCAGAAGAACACCGUAACGUCAUGGACAAACUUCAAGGGGCCCUUGCAGUGCGAGAGAAGGAAACCAGCAAUCUGCAGAAGCAACUUCAAGAUCUUCAGCACUCCCUGGAAACUAUGGAAAAGCAGGCCAAAGUGGAGCGGAAGGAAAUGCAGGAGGAUAAAGAAGAGCUUGAGAAGAAGAUGAGUGGUCUGGAAGAGCAGUUGCAAACAUUGCGGACACAGUUGAAGGCUAAGGAGUCUAAUCUUCUCUCCAGUACCAAGAGAGUUCAGUUUUUGGAGAAGGAAUCAGAGAAGCUUAAAAACGAUAAACAGAGUCUGAGAGAAACUAUGUCUGAAUUGGAGAACAAAACCAAAGAGCAGACCAAGAAGAUUGGCGAAUACAAGGACAGCUGUGCCAAGCUAAUGGAGGAGAGCAGUAAGCUUCUCCAGAUGGUAAGCAAGAAUGAAGAAACCAAAAAGGAGUUGCUUGAAAAUAAAUCUUCUUUGGAGAGCGAGCUUGCUGGAUUGAAGGCCUCGGAGAAGCAGUUGCGAGCACAAAUUGACGACGCCAAAGUGACUGUAGAUGAACGAGAGAAGCGACUCAGAGAGGAGAACAGAAACCUGGAUGAAAGUCUGCAUAAGGCCAACAUGCAGUUGGAGGAAUCCGAAAGUUCAGUUCGCCAACUGAAACUGGAGAACAAGGACCUCAUGGAGGUUCAGGUUACUCUUAAAGCUUCUCUCGCAGCCAUGCAGGAGGAGAUACGCAACAUCAACAGCCAAAUUGCUGAACUGGAAAAGAGUCUUGGAGCCGUGAGAUGCAAUGAGGCAAACCUGACAGCACAGCUUAAAGAUAAGGAUUCCCAAUUUGAAGAUCGGGAAAAGCUCUGUGAGGAGCUUCAGGGAAAGGUUGAAGAACUAGAAGGUCGUGAGAGGGACUUGGAAGUGGAGAAGACAAAGGCAGAAAGAGCCUUUGUCAAACAAUCAGAGAUGAUUAAGAACCUGGAGACCCAGAGGAAGGCUGCAGAGAAGGUCCAACUAGAACAGAGUGCAUGCCAGGCUAAAGAAACCCAAGAAAUGGCCUUAAAAGUGAAUCUUCUGGAAGAUCAGCUGGGACUGAAUGUAAAAGAGGUUUCUAGGCUUCAAGAGGAGGUGCUUGAUCUCAGGGCUAAACUCCACAGUGCUGUGGAGGAAAAGGACAAGACUCAAGCAAAGCUGGAGGUCACCGAGGCUUCCUGUGCAGAGCUACGAACCUUGACUGAGCAGUUGAAAAAGCAAGCGGAGGAGCAGAAUCGACUACAUGUAAAAGAGCUGUUGCAGUCUAGCGAAAGGGUUGAUGCAAUAACUUCGCAACUGAAUCAGGAGACGUCCACAUGCAAGAAAACGACUGCUGAGCUCACUUCAGCCCAAGAGGUUCUGGCAGAGCUCAAGACCCAGAAUGAAAAGUUGGUUCUGGAGAAUGCAGAGACCAGAGAGGGUCUCCAUCGGGUCAACACAGAAAUGGCAGAAUUGGGAAUGACAAUCUGCAAGCUCACCGCAGAGCGGGAAGAAGCCCGGCAACAAUGGGCUGUCGAAGCUGCUCGGUUCCAAGAACUUCAACAGCAGGGAGUGAAGGAAACGGAGCGACUUAAUGCCAGCUUGGUGGCACUUCACCAAGAAAACUCUAGUCUACAAGAAGAGCUCCAGCAGACGGAGAAACUUUCAGAAACUGUGCUGGAGAUAAAGGACCUGUUGGACAAAACCGAGGGUGAACGGGAUGCCGCUCGAGAAGAGAUCAUCGCAGUGAAAUUUCAGAUGAGCACAGAGAGCAUGACUCUGAAAAACCAGAUAAAGAGCCUUAAUGGAGAGAUUGAGGACUUGAAAACUCAGUUAGACGUGGAGUUAAAGAAGUCAUCGGAGCUGGAGGCCAAAUUAUCAGAGUUAGAGACAGUAAAUAUUGAAUACUCUCGUCUGAUUGAGGAGAAAGACUCUCACAUUACUGACUGUGAGACUCAGAUGCGUGAGAGAGAGAGCGAGGCGCAGCAAUUGCAGGAAAGUGUAUCAAGCUCAAAAGAGGCUCUUAGCGAAGUGCAGAAAGAGAAGAAGGAGCUAAAGCAGAAAUUGGAUCAGGUGUUGACAGAUGCUCAGAUUCAGCAACUCCGGAUGUCUGCUGAGCUGGAGGAUCUGGGCCAAACCAAAAUAAAUCUGGAGGAACGGCUCAUUGAACUUAUUAGGGAUAAGGAUGCUUUGUGGCAGAAAUCGGACGCUCUGGAGUUCGAGCAGAAGCUGAGAGCGGAGGAGCAGUGGUGGCUGGUAGAUAAAGAGGCCACACAUUGCCUGGGCUGCCAGGGCCAGUUCACAUGGUGGCUGCGGCGCCAUCACUGCAGGCUGUGUGGCCGUAUCUUCUGUUACUACUGCAGCAACAAUUACGUUAUGACAAAAAACUCAAAGAAGGAGCGCUGCUGUCGAGAGUGCUACACGCAGCACAACGCCGUGGUGGAAAGAUUUACGAAGGCCGAACUCAACACGUCUUCAGAGAGUCAACCACCGCCUCACGCAAACGCUGCCGGUCAACCGCCACCACCUUAUAUACCCACACCGAGAGUUACAGUUACAGAUCCCGAGAAACCGGAUGAUGGAGCAUUUGACAUCAUAACGGAGGAGGAAGUGAACGAGAUCUAUGACAGCGACUCGCGUACCACCACCGGGUCACAGGAGGAAGAAGGAGAUGGAGGGCAAACUGGAGACCUCAGCAUAUCGAGCGACAUGACCCCCGAUGAACAGGAAGAGAUGGUCCCUGCUGCACAGGAUGCAGAAAUCACCCUCCUUAAGUCAGGAGAACUCACUGCCUCUGUGCCUCUGGAUAUAGAAGAGAUUCCUCAUUUUGGCGAUGGUUCCCGUGAGCUGUUUGUCAAGUCCAGUUGCUAUAGCACUAUUCCCAUCACCGUGGGUGACUGCGGGCCCAUCAUCAGCUGGGUUUUCUCUUCCGAGCCCAAGAGCAUCUCCUUCACUGUGGUGUACAGAGAGACACUUGACACACCUGUUGAGCAGGCCAAGGUUCUGAUUCCUCUCACACGCUGCAACUCGCACAAAGAGACCAUACAGGGCCAGCUGAAAGUCCGCAAUCCCGGAGUCUACACGCUCAUCUUCGAUAACUCGUUUUCCAGAUUUCUCUCCAAGAAGGUCAACUACCAGCUGACCAUUGAGAAGCCCAUCAUCUACGAUGGGAGUGACUUCCCUUAAUUGUGCCUUUGUGGUGUUUAGCGAUGUGUUUUAUUUGAACCCUUAUUCAUCUCAGACCUGUUCCCGUGUGCCAAGAGUUUUAUGGGUUAAUAUAGUAUUAGAUAUUAUGUUUUAUCGCUGAUAGCGUUAAGGUUUUAUCUGUGGCGAGUUAAGUGUUAUGAAGGGGUUUCUGCAGCACUUUCUAUACAGUACUUAUUGGAAGAGGGUUGUUUUGCUUUUGAUGAAUCUUUUUGCGUGUGUUUUAUUCUCCUUGUAGAUUCAGUAUUUUAUAAUGGUUUUACAAACACUACGGAUGAAUUUAAAGCGCAAGCGAUGCAGGUUAAAGCUCACUUGGGUAAAUAUGCAAAGAUAGUGAGACAAUCGCAAAUAAAGCUUUAAAAAUAAUGUGCUGAAAUAUACUCGCCUUCAGGCCAUCCGAGACACAGAUACAUUUGUUUGUUCCUCAGAACAUAUUUGCUGAAAUUUAGCUUUAAUUGCUAACCGGUUCGUCCUUUACAGUGAAUGGGUGCCGUCGGAAUAACAGCUGACAAUAAUUCACCGGUUCAUCAGUUAACUGCUUGUGAAACAAAAAGCUGUUUGUAAUGAACAAAUCCUUCAUCAUUCUUAACUUUAAACUGCUUAUCAGCUCGUUCUGGCGGCACCCAUUUACUGCAGAGCAUCCAUUGGUGAGCAAAUCACGCAAUGCUACAUUUCUCCAAUUCUGUUCAGAUGAAGUAGCGAACUCAUUAGUUUUGUGUGGCCUGGGGGUGAGUACAUUUUUAGUUUUGGGUGGACAGUUUCUUAAAAAUUGUAAUUUCUAGGUACAAAUACAAAGAGAGAUGGCUGCUGUUGGCAAAAACACUACACAGUUUACAAAACACUUCACGCUCCCACUACAGUUGUCCAACACAAUACUAUAUGCUUUGAGUUUACCAAGUACACAGAAAAAAAAAAAUUAUUAUUUUUUUCCCUUGUUAACUGUAUUUUAGCAUUAAAAAAAUCUAUACAUAGCAUUUUAUAUACAACAAAAGCAAUAAUUUAAAUGCAUUUAAACCAUGCAUUUUUUAAAAAUGAACUCAAAGGUGAAUAAGACAUUGUCAUGACAUAUAUCAGUCUCCCUUUCCCCCCUUUUUUCUCCAACAACUAGGUCAAAUCGUCACUGGUAAGACUGCAUUUGAAUGAUUCAACAUCUCCCUAUUCUUGUCAGCUAUAUUGUUUUAUAUUCAUCACGUACAAAUAUGGCACUUUUUUAUUUAGUCUACACCUUGCAGCUCUUGCUCAAAGUAUAUUUUUGCAACUCUAAGGCUGUCAGUUUUUCAAUCUGAUAAAAUUGGCUUACUGAUGCUCAUACACAUAAUAUUUUUUGAUAUGUUCAAUUUUAAUGCCUCCUUUCUGUAUAUGCCUCACUGAUUUUCUCAUCCCGGUAGAUCAUCAAACAGUAAUACGAACACUAAGGCUGUUAAAUGUUAAUAAACUGACUCUUUUUUUUUUUUUUUUUUUUACUUAUAUGCAAGACACAUGUUUAUUCAGGUGUAUGGUUCAAAUCAUUUUUCAGGUGACAAAGCUGAACAAGACUGCUGCUUUGAAGAAGAUCUGUUUAUAUAUUUAUAGCUCAAGCUCAAUUUUAAAUGUGCAAUUUUAAAUAUUUUCUUAAUGGGACUUGUUCUUUUACGAGAGUUUUUAAAUGGUAUUUUAAAAUAAAUCGAUACUUUUGAACUACUUUUUAAAAGCGGUUGUUCAGGAAAUUGUGAAUGCUCAAUGAAUGUCACUGAAUCGAAUGAUAUCUGUGAAUCUAUGCAAUCACAGCGCAAUGUUUACAAAUUGCAGAGCCCUUUAAGUGUAAUAAAGUUGUAUCAGGAAA